GACGUACCCCUGUGUUUUUUGUUCAUUCCUCUUGUAGACACUUUGAUGCCUUCAUGUUCAAGUGCAGUGUAUUGGCUUCGCCACAAACUUCCUUGUUUUACAGAGAAAGCACUCGGCAGAGGUGUGCAGACGCAGCGGCAGAGAUAUCUCGGCCCCAACUGGCAGCAGCUGCACCGGAAUAUAUCCCUGCACCGCUGGGCGACCGGAGGCGAUCAGGUCGCUAAGCAACCGCAGCAGAGGGGGACGGUGCAGAGGCAGGAGAGUGUGGAAAGGCAAGAACCAGCGUGUUUGACGCAGUAGCAGAGCAGAGCGAAAGAGAAGUGAGGUCUGCAAAAGACGGAAGAGGAGCAACGUGGAGACAGCGCAUGAAGCCACUCCAAAGACAACGAGCGAAAGAUGUUCACCUGUGUGCAAUGCAUGUGUGAGUGUGAGUGCUGAGAGCGAGAGAGCAUGUGUGUGCAUUUGAGUGCGCGGCUGUGUGGUUACAUAGACAGCGGCCUUUUCCUCGUUAGAAGAAAUGUCUCUGAAACUGCCACGAAACUGGGACUUCACAACUCUCCGGAGUGACAACUCUAAAAUAGUGAGGUCCAAGAGCGUAAUACCAGGGGAGGGGUGUCUGGGGUCCGGACGGACAGAUGUCAGGAGGUCCAUGGAGAAGCCCCUGAAGAAAGGCUGGCUGAAGAAACAGAGGAGCAUCGUGAAGAACUGGAAACAGUGUUACUUUGUGCUAAGGGGCAGCACACUGAUCUACCACAAGGAUGACCGAGAGAGUGCCAUACAGGGAACAAUACCACUGUGGGAGAGUCAAGUGAAUGAGCUGCCGUCAAACGCAGAUGAUAAAUUCAUCUUUGAGAUCAUCCCACGCAAAGGCAGUAACGGGGAUCGCGAGCGGGAUGGCUGCGUUCUCAUGGCGUCCAAUCAGAGUGAGAUGGAGGACUGGGUCCGCCUUAUCCGCAGAGCCAUGGGUGCACCGACCAGUGCAGUGUUUGGGAAGAGCCUGUCAGAGAUCAUAGCCUAUGAGCGGAAGCUGGGACCCCGCCUCGUGCCCAUGCUGGUGGAGAAGUGUGCGGAUUUCAUCCGGGAGAAAGGCCUGGAAGAGGAGGGAAUCUUCCGCCUGCCAGGACAGGAGAACCAGGUCAAACACUUCAGGGAGGCUUUUGACGCAGGAGAGAGGCCUUCAUUUCCAAGUGACACAGACGUCCACACAGUGGCAUCCUUGCUCAAGCUGUAUCUGCGGGAGCUGCCUGAGCCCGUGAUACCGUGGAGCCAGUACCAGGACUUCCUGGACAGCACGCUGACGCUGGAUGCCGCGACGGCGCUGGGAAAGGAGAAACUGGUGAAACAGAUCAACCUUCUUCCUGAAGACAACUACAACCUCCUAAGUUACACAUGCAGGUUCCUGUUUGAGGUGCAGCAACACUCGAAGGUGAAUAAGAUGAGUGUAGAGAACCUGGCCACAGUGAUGGGUGUGAACCUGUUCAAGCCCCAGGUGGAGGAUGCCAUUAGCAUGAUGAAGGGGACUCCCAUGAUCCAGAAGGUUAUGACCGUGAUGAUCAGGCAUCAUGAGCUGCUCUUUCCUCCCUCCAAAGACGUGGUCCUUCCUUUGCCCUCCAGCAAGAAAAGCCAGAACCUGAAACACAGCGCCCCACGCAGCUUUGUAGGCUGGGAGUCUGCAGAGUGUGAUACGUUUUCCCUGUCUGAGUCCCCGGAAGAGGAAGGCCAGGAGACACCUGAACUUGUGAGGAGGGGUGAUCCCGAGGUGAGGUCAGGGUCAGAGGUCACGCCUACCUCUGCGUCCUCUCCGUGUUCCUCGUCUUUGUCCACGGUGGACAUGUGGAGUGGGAGUCCCAGGAAGCGCACGCAGACUCUCCCCUGCCUGGGAAUCCCCAGCCGGGGGAAAGAAAGUCACGAGCCAGCCUGGGACCGAUGGAGCCGACUGCAGGAGACCUUCGAUGAGAAGGAGGAGAAGACGCUGUCAGAGGACAUCUUUAAGAUCCUAGAUCUGCAGAAGGUGACCGUCUUCCCAGAGAGAGCUUUUGGUAAGGGGACGAGCGCUGAGGAAGAGAAGGAGGGGCAGGAAGAGGAGGCGGAGUCAGAGAGGCAGGGCAGCGACGUUGCCCUUACGCUCACAGAUCCUCUGGAAGGUAGAGGAGACCCCCAGGCGAAGCUACAUAGCAGCCCAGAACAGAGUGCACCAAGCCUGGGCAGUGAGGAAGCCACGAAGCAGCCUGUUGGAGCUGCCCCAUCACAGAGCCUGCCAGGGGUCCUGGAGCAUCCAGGGGGAUCCAGCACAACUGACCAGCAGCAACUGAUCACCAGUCUCCAGCAGCGGAACAGGGAGCUGAGCGCGACCGUGGAGGAGCUGCGGUCGGCUCUGGACUCGGAGCGCCGCUGUAAGGCAGCUCUGGAGAUCCUGCUGAGGAACGCUGAGCGCAGCCGCGACGAGGCCCUGAGACGCAACCAGCAACUCGACAGAGACAUCCAAGAGUUCCUCAACAAGGCCAAGCCGGGAAUGCCAUAGGCCCCACCCCCUCGCCACUGCAGGCCCCGCCCUCUGCCAUCAUAACCUGGGAAUCAACCUACAGUCAAAUGAAUGAGGAUCCAUGGAAUAUGGGUGUAAUGCCUAUCUGGAUCUGUUUCCACUGGUUCAGUUUCUACACUGAUCCACUGGUAUGAUAAUUGGUAUUCCCAUGUCACUGUUGAUCUAUGCUCAUAUUUCAAGUGUCUUAUAUUUAAACAUGAAA